ACCACUACCAAGCCUACCACUACCACUAAGGCUACUACCACUACCAAGCCUACCACUACCAAGAAGACCACCACUACCAAGAAGACUACCACUACCAAGAAGACUACCACUACCAAGACAACCACAACUGCCGCUGCUAAGCCUACUCUUACUUACCACAAUGGUUUGGUUGCAGCUGUUAACAGCAAGACGGACUUCUGUAUGUUCUUACCUUCCAGCCCUGGUGGAAAGGACGAUAACAAUGGCAAGAUUGAUAUUGAAGCUAUUUCCAAGUCCGAGAAGAGUGCUCUUGCAUUCUGUACCAAGAAGAAUGCUAAUGCUCCUGGAGCCAAGAUCUUCCCUCCUGGUUUCAUCAAGUCCUCUCAUUUCUUCCAUAACACUACUGCCAACUACAUCCAAGUUACUGGUAAGUUCAAUCCUGCCAAAUACUCUCUUUCUCCCAAGGACGAAGGUGGACAAUACGAUAACCACGGUAAAGGAUCUCCUCCAUUGUCCAUGUGUUUCGGUUACAAGUAUUAUGUCAACUUGGUUGAACCCGAUAAGCCAGAUUACUGUAUGAGAUGUUGUGAUACCUACACCGACUGUAAUGCUGGUAGAAGUGCUUAUGGCUGUGCUCGUGUUGUUGAAAACGGUGAUUACUCAUAAAUAAUUUAAUUCUACUUACUCUGUACUCCUAUCCUCUUUAACCUCCUCUUUAACCUUUCCUAUUUUUAUUUUUAUUUUCUCGAUAAUAAAAGAUUCGGCUCUGUUCUCACGCUUUUCUUUUCUUAAACACAUCAAUAAAAA